GGAACGGUUAUUGUACAAUGACUCCGCCUCCCUCUCGGCGACAACAACAAGUAACUACAAAACUACAACGGCGGAAAUUUAACGGUUUUCUUCAGUGGCUCGGGCCAAUUAUGAUUUUGAUUUCUUUCCGUUUUCAUUUAUAAUCUUACAACAAACGAUCGGUAAAGUAACGACGGCUUCGAAUCGCGACGUUUCGUUAUGAUAUAAAUUGUUUUCUAUAAUAUUAUUAGUCUUACUGGUUGUGUUAUUUUUUUUAAUUUUGUGAUGUAGAACGAUCAGUCAUCUAGUCGUGAGAUAACGUACCUACCAAGGUCUACUCAUUAUCCUUCUUAAGUUUGAUUCCGUUCGUUUUUAAGAUUCGUAUACAGUGACAGUCGAGAUGUCUCAAUUUGUUACUGAAUUUUCACCUCCCGUGAAAUUUAAAUCAAAACACGAAGAUGAAGCCAAUACAGUACUUGACUAUUGUAUGGUAUUGGCACCAUUUCAAAAGCAGACUCAAGUAGAAUUCUCAAACAUAAGAAUUAAAGAAACAGCCAUUAGAUUUUUAACAGUUGUUAACUUGUUUGACAAACCUAGACAGUUUAUUUUACCUUCUUCAAAUGAUGGUAUAUAUUUUGAUGUUUAUGAAUUCACCUUACAACCAAAUUCACAACGUAAGAUAUCCAUUACCUGGCAACCAUCUGUAUAUGGAAACAUGCGAAAAUUGAUCAGAAUAGAACAAGUAGAUAACAACCGAAAAUAUGAUUUUGUUAUUUUUGGAAAUUGUAUUGAUCCUUUACAGAAGAAACUAAAAGGUGCUUCAGUAACAUUUGCAAAGUCUAAAAAUACAAAUUUGACUAAAAAAAGAUUUAAUAGUGGUCAGAACAAAAUAAUCUUGAAUAAAACAAGAUUUGUUAAUUGUGCAACAGAAAGAGUUAUUUUAGUUGAUAAUGCUACAAAAAUAUCUGAACCUAUUAGCGCUGUAGCUUUAGAAUCGCCUAUGAGACGGCAAACCUAUUCAAUUGGAGAGAAAGAAAAUAUACCAAAUUUGGAAAACAAUAUGGUUGGCCAAGACAAAAUCUUCACCAGUUCUGAGUAUAGUCUUAAACAUUCAGAUAAAAAUUACCAAAGUACCACAUUCAAUAAUCCUUUAAAAACUCAAAGUGCAAAUUAUGACAUAAUGACUGACGAUUCACUAGAUGAAUCACUCGAAAAAUUAAUUAGUACUAAUUCUCCAUUUAAUGACUUCUUUUUGACUCCAUUAAAAAGUACUGAAAACUUAUUAUCUCCAUUCAGUACCACAAAAAAAUGUAUAAGUCUUAAUAUAGCUGAUGAAAACACAUCAUUCAAUACAUCACCAUUUAAGCCAAUAGAUGCUUCAACUGCAGCUAAAAUUUACACUCCUGAUAAUAGAAAACCAACUAGAAUAUCAGUAAAUCUUUGUGAGAAAUUUGAAGAAAUACCAAAAAAUAAAUUUAAUAUUGAUGAUACAACUUUUACUAAAAAUAUCAACCCAAACAAAUUUGCUCUGCCUCUAAAAGUUGAACAAUCUUUCAACAUAUCACAAAAUCAUGAACAGUCUAUCACUCGGACACCUAUGCAUCAUACAAGAAUUAUUUCGAGCAAUACUAAGCCCAAAAGACCAUCAUUUGUUAUUAAAAAUUCUCCUUACUACAAAUGUAGCCCGAAAUCAUCAAUGAUCUCUAAGAAUAGAUUGAAACAAUACAGCAUUCUUAGUCCACGGACUAAACAUUUGAGAACUCCAAAGUUGGAUAAAUGUGAUCAAUAUCUCAAAUGCUUAGCAAAUCCAGAACUUGUAUAUCACAAUAAUGCUGAAGAUCCUUUUUUAAAAAUGUCUCAAUAUUAUGAAUCUGAAUGGUUAGAUCGCCAAGAAUCUGAUAUGAUUCGAUGGUUAAAUGCACUGCUUAUGCCUACUGAUAAGUUGGCAGAUGAAGAACAAGUAAAUGAUUUGGAGCAAGCAGCAGUAGCUUGGGAAGAAGCAUCUAAAAAAAGCCAUAGAAAUAAACCUAUGCAAUUUGCUACUCAAAAAGAUCUUUUUGUAUCUCAAAUAUACAAACAGUCUCCACAGCAGUGGAGCGCAUUACGGAAAGCAACUACAAAUCUUAUUACAUCUACAAAUGUUGCAACUGUUUUAUCAAAAUUGACCAUAUCUAUAGAAAAAGAUUUUAUAACAGUUCGAGAUGAUCGUCAAAUACAUUUGGAUUUAAAUUUAAAGAAAAAAAUUACGGAUCUGUUAAAAUGCUAUAAUCCACUGUGGUUACGAAUUGGUUUGGAAGCAGUGUAUGGUCAAAUAAUUCACAUAAAUUCUGGAUCCCAUGACUUAGAUGGUCUUGGAUGGUUUAUACGUAAAAAUUUGUUUAAUAAUGAUUACAUUAAACAAAAGUUUACCAAAGCUUCUGUUCUUCAAGUGAACCUUCCCACGUACAAUAUUGCCAUGAAAAAAUUUAUCUUGAGAAAAAUAUUUAUGCUUGUAUAUUUUUUGGAUCGUGCUAAAGAACAGCAAUUGAUUAGACAUAAUCCAUGUCUUUUCAAAAUAGAUUCCCCUUAUAAAAGCAGCCAUGAUUUCUUGAUGGGAUUUUGUGCUGACAUGGUAACAGCAAAUGGUGAUAUAAAUCGUCGGCUACGUAGUAUUGGCUACAACUUGACCCAUAAACAAACCCAUUUGGAUGAAGUUAAUUAUGCUGUUAAAUCAUUAAAUGACCUUAGGGAUGGCACUAGAAUCACUAGAGUUGUAGAAAUCUUGUUUAAAGGAGAACCACUGUCGCAGAAACUAAGACUUCCUGCUAUAUCGAAAUUGCAGAAAAUUCAUAACGUUAAUUUAGCAUUAACAAGGAUAUCCGAACAUAUUAGUAUUGAGGGAAAUAUAAGCACUCGUGACAUUGUAAAUGGUCACAGAGAAAAAAUGUUAUCGCUAUUCUGGCAAUUAAUUUAUAAGUAUUUAACUCCUCGGUACAAUAAAGCAGCAGUAACAAUUCAACAUUGGUGGCGAAACAAUAACCUCAAUUUAGUAAUUAUAAAAAGAAUUAGAGCUAAACAAACUUUUAAACGACACUUAGCUGCUACUAAAAUACAAGCUACUGUCCGUGGUUAUUUAACCAGAAAACAUUGGCCUUAUAAGCAAGUAGAAUUGAUUGCAAACCGUGAAAAGUUACAUCUGGCGUCAACUAAAAUCAAACAAUAUCUACAAGAUAAACUUAAGCUUUUAACUGAAGACCGAAAACAAUAUAUAAUUUUAAGAAGAACUACUGUAUUUGUGCAAAGAAAAUUUAGAUCAAAAAUAGCAAUGAAAAGAGAUCGACAACAGUAUAUAAAAGCUAAAAAAUCAGCUUUACUAAUUCAAAAAAUGUAUCGUGGUUUUAUGAUAAGAAAAAACUGGUCACAAAUAAAAGAUUCCCUUAUAAUAGAAAAGAUAAAUCGAAUUAAUGCUAUAAAUAUAAUCAAACGAUCUCUAAGAAAGAACUUGCCACCAACUGAAGACGAAUUGUACUAUAAAAAAUUAAUACAGGUAACAUUGGCUGUUCAAAGAAGAUUUAGGGCAAAUAAUCUGAUGAAAGUACAGAUGAAAGCAUUUAUUAACUUAAAGAAAAGUGCAAUAGUCAUACAACAAAAAUUUAGAGCAAAACAAGCCAUGGUUAAACAAAAAGAAGACUAUUUAAAACUUAAAAUGUGUACACUCAAGUUGCAAGCUGUUACUCGAGGUUAUAUUGUGCGAAAACAAUGGCCUGUAUUACAUGCUGAGUUACAAGCUAAUAGAAUGCGUUUAAUCAUCUGUAGUAAUAUUAUUAAGAGAACGCUCAGAAAUAAUCUUCCAUUAACAGAAGACCGUAUUAAAUUUCUCGAUUUAAAAAGAUCUGUCAUUAUUGUACAAAACCGAUUCCGUGCUAUGAAAGAAAUGAAACUGCAAAGACAAAAAUAUCUAAAACUUAAAAUAAUAACUCUUAAGCUACAAAGUUUAGCUAGAGGAUAUAUAGUAAGAAAGCAAUGGCCAUCUUUAAGAAAUGAAUUAGUAAUAAAACGUCAAUAUUUGAUUAAUUGUAGCAAUAUAAUUAAAAGGGCUUUGAGGAAAAAUCUUCCAUUAACAGAAGACCGUAUUAAAUUUCUCGAUUUAAAAAGAUCUGUCAUUAUUGUACAAAACCGAUUCCGUGCUUUGAAAAAAAUGAAAAUGCAAAGACAACAAUAUCUAAAACUUAAAGCUAUAACACUUAAACUGCAAAGUUUGGCCAGAGGAUAUAUAGUAAGAAAGCAAUGGCCAUCUUUAAGAAAUGAAUUAGUAAUAAAACGUCAAUAUUUGAUUAAUUGUAGUAAUAUAAUUAAAAGGGCUUUGAGGAAAAAUCUUCCAUUAACAGAAGACCGUAUUAAAUUUCUCGGUUUAAAAAGAUCUGUCAUUAUUGUACAAAACCGAUUCCGUGCUUUGAAAGAAAUGAAAAUGCAAAGACAACAAUAUCUAAAACUUAAAGCUAUAACACUUAAACUGCAAAGUUUGGCCAGAGGAUAUAUAGUAAGAAAGCAAUGGCCAUCUUUAAGAAAUGAAUUAGUAAUAAAACGUCAAUAUUUGAUUAAUUGUAGUAAUAUAAUUAAAAGGGCUUUGAGGAAAAAUCUUCCAGUUAAUAAGAAUCGUUUAAGAUUUCUCGAGCUUAGAAGAGCUACAAUUAUUAUUCAAAGUAGAUUCAGGGCUAAUAGACAAGUUAAAGAGUAUCAGAUAUUGCGUAAUAAUGUUAUCAUGGUUCAAAGAAGAUUUAAGGCUAAUGUGGCUAUGAGACAACAAAAAUGCAUUUAUGUAGAUACCAGAACAAAGAUUAUUCAACUGCAAGCAUUCUUCAGACGACAUUUGGUGCUUAAAAAAUGGCCAGAGACUAGAUGUGAAUUAGAAACUAAUAAGAAACGUUUAAUUGCUGCUAGUAACACAAUAAAGAAGUUCCUGCGCCUAUGCUUGUUACCCACUCCGGAUCGCUUAAGAUAUAUAAAAUUAAGACAGUCUGUGAUGAACCUCCAAGCAAGAUAUCGAGCCAUUGUUGCCAUGAAAUCAGCAGAACGUGAAUAUUUAUUAUUAAAAUGUAGUACAAUCACAUUACAAAGACAUUACAGAGCACGUAAAGCCAUGUUGGUGCAAAAACAGCGAUAUGAGCUUCUGAAAAAGUCCACAAUCAUAUUGCAAACUCAUGUUAGAGGAUAUUUGGCGCGUAGACGUUGGCUUCAGUUAAAAGAUAAUAUGGAAGUUGAACGUAGACUAGCGCUUGAAACUUUAGAGUGCAAACGGUUGUUAGCUGGCCAUGCGUUCCUAUUUGAGUUGAAAAUGAAAAUGCGAGCUGCCGUUCAGUUACAAAUUUGGAUCAGGAACGUAAUGUUAAACCGUAAACAUUUACAGAAAAAGAAUGUUGCGGCAUCAAGAAUACAAGCUAUGGUCAGAGGAUUUAUGGUAAGAAAGAGAUUACCCAAGAUCAAGGAAGAAUUACAUAUUCAAAAACUUGUGCGGGCUGCAACUUUGAUACAGGCUAUAUGGAGAGGUUAUACUGUUAGAAAGAGGUAUCAGUGUAGACGAGAAACAAUUAGAAUUCCCAAAAAAGGUGCUCUCACAUUAGGCAAACGACACAAUGACGUGGUUGAUGUAUUAAACAAGCAAAAAAGAAAUGAAUAUUCUUAUCGGGAACUUACUACAGUUUUCUGGAAUUUAGAUACAUGUACAACCUUAUCCAAAGAAUUAUGUUUGAAGACAUCAGAAGGUACGAUUGUUGACUACAUGUUUCACUUUUUGCAUUAUUCCAAUCAGUCUCAGCCUAGUCUUGAAGCAAGGGAGCCAGCCAUCCGCGUGUUAACAAAUCUACUUAAGUAUCACGAAACCUCUUGGCACAUCUGGGUGAGAACCGUAAAUGCUGACAUGGUCAAAGACCUGAUCAAAAUGAUGAAAACAUGUUGUGGAAAAAUCAGUGGCAAAAAAUUGUAUUGUUCAAUCGCUACUUGGCUCUGGAUAGCUCUACAAGACCCUGAAAAGAAAAUUUACAUCAAAAAAAUUCCAUCUGCUAUAGUAGAUAUAAAAUUCAUGAUGGAUACUUUGAAAAAGAGAUACACAAUAUCUAAAGUAGACAAGAAGACCAUGGUGUUACCUUCGACGCGGCCUACAUGGAGUAUUGGCUCUAAAUGUCAAAAGUGUUUUGAUUCUGACUUCUUUGCAACAAUUGAGAUUUGCAAACUGUUGAACAUUUAGAAUAAUUAUUUCAUAUUUCUUACUUUUUUUCUAUUUACCAUAACUUUUUAUUAUUAACUGUUGAUUUUUUUUCUUUAUCUGUGUAUUAUAAUUAUUACCAUAUUUUAGGAAUUAAAAUAUAUUAUUUUACA